CAGCGGCAUCCCAUCUCAUUGUCGCCACCCACUGAUUAAAAUUCCUUUUCUUGCUCCGUUUCGUUUAAACAGCGAGUUGUCACAUGCUUUAAUACCCGUUAAUUGCGGUUUUUGUGGUUACGUAUAAUCGUGAUAACCCACUAAAGCGUAACUCCUAUUGUGUCGCUAGUGGCCAAUUAUUUGGGCAGGUCAAAACGGCCAGUGGUUUAACCGGUCCGCGUUUUACACGCUACACAGAACCAGACCAAACACCGCGAAGAACGCUCUACAGUUAACGGCCCGCGAGUCGACUAUCUUUCGGGUUUUUUGUUUCCCGGACAAUCGAAUGACAGCUUGUCAGUGUAUGCGGUCAUAAAAGAUGAAUUGAAAGCAGAAUGAGCCUGCCAACACGUUUCCAUUACAAGUGUUGCCGAACCUGUUAUAGAGGGCACCCCGGAUAGCAACCAUUUGUCCAUACAGUGGACUCUAGAUCGCUGACAUACCGUUAGACAGGAGGGAGGCAUGACCCACUCCACAACGUCCCAGUGACGGAUUUCCCAUUCCACCCGUGGCUGCCUUCCACUCUGAUAACAAGUUUAUACAGUGGCCUCGGCUAUCUUCGUUACACUACGGAUCACAAGGCGACUUCACACCAGAACAAAAGAAAGAUAUUAUGAUCUAUGACGAAGUUGUCGUGGAAGGUGUGGACAACCGAGCCUACAAUGGCGCCAGCGUCGCCAACGGCAUGGAGAUGCACGGCGGCUACAAAGUGUACUAUCCGUCGAGCGAAAAUGGCUGCGCCUCCACCGACAUGUCGUAUUCCGGAAAGAAAUCAAGCGGAACGGAGAGCGAGACGUACAGCGGCCGCUCCACGCAACGACGUCACACGUGCAGGGUGUUGUUGGUGGUCUUCCUCAUCCUCUGUCUCCUCGGCGUCGUCGUAGCUGCAGUCAUCGUCGCAGUCUUAUUGACCAGGUCACCCUCUCCUGUACCUGAAGAAAAAUUUGUUUCGAGUAUACGAUUGCCUGACAAAAACUUCACAAAAGGACUAGCUGAUAAAACUUCAGACGAGUUUAAAGCUGCCGAAGAGGAAUUCUGUUCUGAGCUCCUGAACAUUCUAAAGGCGCCGAGCUCUCCAGUUGAAAGUGCAGCUUUGGAAUGCAGUGUUCUACAGUUCAGAAAUGGAAGCCUCAUUAUUCUCUAUCAGGUUACAGUUAAAACAAGACGUAUCGACAUGCCGGUUCUCAAGCUGACAAUAAGAUUAACUGAAUAUAUCAUUGAAGUGCAGAAAUCAGGCCGGCUAGGAAAUUUAAAGGUGGAUGCGGAUCGACACUGUAAAAUUGUGAACGCUCCGACUUUUGACGAAUCAACCGACGACAUCUGUCCUAGUGUGGAAGGUACAACCACAUCUGUAACACCAACGCCAGAUCUAAGUAAAACUACAACUCCAAAAGAGCUUACAAGUACUCCAAAAGAGGUUACAACAACUCCAAAAGACGCUACAACUCCAAAGGAAAUUACAACUCCAAAACAGGUUACAACUACUCCAAAAGAGGUUACAACAACUCCAAAAGACGUUACAACAACUCCAAAAGACGUUACAACUCCAAAGGAAAUUACAACAACUCCAAAAGAGGUUACAACUACUCCAAAAGACGUUACAACAACUCCAAAAGACGUUACAACUCCAGAGGAAAUUACAACAACUCCUAAAGAGGUUACAACUCCAAAAGAGACCACAACUGCUCUAUCUAUUUCACCAUCGACGCCAUCAGAACAAGAAACGUCAACAGUGACUACAAUAGACUCAUCACCUGUAGUUAUCACACCAUCAGCAUCACCUUCAGUAGAGAGAGACAUAUCUGCUACGUCAUUAUCAGAAGUAACAGCAUCACCUAUAUUAGCAUUAGAUAGUUCUAAAACGACAGUUACGCCGACAACAGCAACACCAGCUUCAUCAGCAGCAGUAACUGAAUCUCAGCCAUCACCAUCACUAGAUAAAGUAACAGCAUCGACUACAUUAACAUUAGAUAUUUCUAAAGCCUCAGUUACACCGACAACAGCAUCAAUAGAUUCAUCAGUAGGGAUAAUUGCAUCAACAACAUUACUCUUAGUAGAGAAAGACUCAUCCUCUACACUAUUGCCAGAAGUGACAGCAUCGUCUACAGUAUUGGAAAGUUAUGAAACAUCAGUUACGUCCAAACCACCCACAACGGAUUUUUCCGCAGAGUUAAUCACACCUACAACAUCACCAUCAUUUGAGAAAGAAACCUCUGCAAUAAUACAGGAAGUGACGGUAUCGUCAACAUUGUUACAUUUAGAUAGUUAUAUGACAACAACAACAACAGCAGCAGCAGAAGCAGCAGAAGCAGCAGAAGCAAACGCUUCGUCAACAGCAUUAAUCGCAUCUACGACACAACUUUCAUUAGAGAAAGAUGCCUCCUCUUCAUUAUUACAGGAAGGGAUAGCAUCUUCAACCUUGUUACCAUCAGACAGCUAUAAAGUAACAGUAACAAUGGUAGCUAUGGUUUCAUCACAAGAAAUAAUCCCAUCUAUGACAUCACUUUCAUUACAAAAAGACGUCUCAUCUACCUUAUUAGAAAAAGUGGUAGCAUCAACUACGGCAACAUCACUGUUAUCGGCAACUGUGUCUUUAGAAUCUGCUGAGGCUGGCGAAACGGGUGUGACGUCAUCAUUUGUUACAGACAAAUCCACGUCUUUACUGGAAGCAUCAGCAACAGCAACAGCAGUAGAUUCCAUGUCGCUGACACCAGGAUUACCACUGUCGACUGCUUUGUUAUUGGAAACACCAUCUGCAGCAUCACCAUCGUCAACAUCAACACCAACUGUACAGUCUGUCCUCGAAUCUGAAGUACAAACUUCUCAAAUAGAAACCCUAGCAACGACAUUUGAACUGGCAAAAGCUACUACACCUGUAGCGGGAUUCGUGUCUUCCAGUUUACUGUUCACUCAGACGAUGUCACCAACAAGUGAAACAAGUUCCACUGUAGCAGACACAACUGCUGUCAUUUUGGAUUCUUGGAGUAUCUCAUCGUUACUGCUAGAAGGUUUUCCAGCAGUAGCAACAAGCACAAUAGAAUACACAGCAUCAUCUGCAGAAUCAUCUGGUGAUGUCCUUCCUUUGCAGUCCACGUCUGCUACCUUGCUGUCGAAAUCUGUAUCACCGGGUGAUGUUUCCUCCAUAGCAUCAUCUGUUUCUGAAGAUCUAAAAGACACAGCAAAAGCAGAGUCAUCAACAAUUGGAUCAGUACUUGUGUCCUACGACAGUUCCGUACUUAUUUCUCCAGUUCCAUCAGGACUAACAUCAGUUUCAGAUGAAACCACAGCAACAGCAGACUUGAUGGGCUAUCAGAGUAUAUCUAUCUCACAGUUUGUCUCAUCCGAUUCCGUUUCAGGUGAGGUAGAUAUGACAGUAACACCAUCUGUUUUGACAAGCUCGUCUUCGAUUCAGUCUACUUUAUUAGACAAGACAGACUCAAGCGUCCUUUCUAUUGUAGAAGAAUCGACAACAUUGGAAACAGCGUCCUCUAUUGAUGCACAGUCAUCAUCAGUUAUAUCUCCAUCUUCUGCAAUAUCUUCAACAGAUGUUACUGCCAUAGUGGAAACUGGUGUGAUUUCAUCAAGUGAUUUAGUAGCUCUUUCUGCCACAGCUACUGUUUCGCAAGUUGCUUCACUUGUCUAUUCAGAACCUGACUCAAGAAGCAACAGUCAUACAAUGGAAACAACUGACAUCCUAGAGACCACUGUAGGUUUCUUCUCAACAUCUGAAACAGGCUCUAUAUCAGCAUCCUUCAGCUUUAUAAAACCAAUUAGCACGUACUAUAUGUCCGGGACAUCAGUGCUACUUGACACAUCUCCAGUAUCUGACAUACAAGCCACCGUUGUGACAUCUUCAACACUAUUACAAACAGAACAACAAACUGAUGUCAUGACAUCUUUAGCACCAUCUUCGUCAUCAGAAUUACAAUCUGAAACAGCGACAUUAACAGUCACACUAGAUAAAACAGCAUCAAAGGUACCAAUGGUUGUAAUGUCCACACCAGCACUCACAAGCGCACCUCCAGCCGAUAUGCAAACUACAUUGGGCAUCAUCGAUUCCACCACAGAUGCAGGCUUGUCCACUACAGAAACGGUUAUCGAUCUCUCCACGAGUAAAACCAUCGAUUCUGUUGAAUUCAUUGAAACACCCACGGCAGUGAAUAUGUCCCCUUCACCUACGGUUUCUAGUUCUAUUGAAACAAGAGUUGAUACCAUGACUAGCCUAUACUCUGUGAGGACUUCUUCCCAAACAUUACUUAGUGUAAUUGAUGUUAUUUCUGAUAGUCUUGAAGGAUCUGUUACAGAUCUUCUGACACAGGGAACAACUCUUAUCACUGUUAUGUCUAGUUCCUUAAUAUUGUCAGAUGGAGUUGCUGGUUUGUCUACAAGUGACAUUUUGCCGUCUAGAACUAUUGAGAACAGUGACAUGUUCUCCUCACUGAGUUCGCAGAUGAGAUAAUGAGAUUUGUUAAAAUUCAUUCUUAGCAUUCGAUGGAACACUUUCAUAUCGAGGGCUCACAACCAAAACUAGUUAGUCUAAAGUCAUGGUUUGUAGAAGACUAAGUUUUAACAUUUAAAUCUGUUUGCUUUGUAGAAGGAACUGAAAACAAACAACAAACAAACAAACAAAACAUAUUUUUUAAAUUAACAAAAUAGUAGACUAUUCUUGUUUUCUUCGCAAAGAAUACAGAGGCGUAACGUGGUCUAAAAUGGGUGUCCGAAUAUGAACCUAUAGUCCAUCCCACCUGGAUCGCAUUUUUUUUUAUACUAUGUAAUUUACUACAAGUUAUUUAUUUCCCAACCCAUUGAUUUGUAAAUUGAACACACAGAUUGUAUCUCUUUGUUAU